AUGCUGUGGCUGCUGCUGCUGCAGGUCUGGGCGAGCUGCCUCUGGCUGGGACACAGCGAGGUGGUGACAUCCUUUGAAAGUUCAUGUCCUUAGUUUUUCUGUGGCAAUACCCCAAAUGAAGCCCUGGAGCCUCAGAACCCAGCCUGGAUCUGCCAGCACUACAGCAACAGUUAUUACUAUGCCACCCUGUAUGACAUAAACAGGCGUGUUCCCAUGUACUUUGCUUACAUCUACCAGCCUGGAACUGGCAAGAGACCUCAAACAUGGUGUGUUGAGCCCCAGCUGAUGGGUUCAAAUUAUCCCAAAACUGUGGGAAAAGGGUCGACCCUCUUACAUGGUUACAGUGUCAGCUUAGAGAAACUCAGCGAGAGCCAGGCUGUCCUCCAAGACUACAGGAACCUGAUGGAUUUGAGCUGGGGCCAUUUGAACUCCAAUGGCCAUCACCUCGAGUACAGCAGCAGGAUGGCUACCUUCACCCUCACCAACAUAGUGCCCCAGGAUGAGAAACCCAACAGCAGUGCCUGGAAAAAUUAGCAGAAAAUGAUGAUCAGGAAGACCCAGGGCUGUACCACCACCUACGUCAUCGUGGGUGCUGCACCUGGAAACAUUGCCAAGGAAUAUGCCUGGGAAUAUUGCCAAGGCAGAGUUAAUAAACCCAGCUACACCUGGUCGAGUGCCUGCCUCGAUAAGAAUCCCAAGGACAUGGAACCUUGGGUGGUCAUUGCCGAGAGUGGCAAGAGCCAGGUCCUGGAACUCAAGAUGGGCCAGCUGAAAGCCAUGUUGACACGGCUCUGUGGGAGGGGACAGGUGUCUCUGUUCCACAGCAUCUGUCCCUGGGAAUAA